AAAAACCAAACCAACCUGCGAGUCGUGCAAGUUCGUUGUUCGUUUGUAGUUUGGCUGUAUUUCCACUCUUUUGUCCCAGGAAUACAAUAAAACAUUAUUUUUAUAUUUUAACUAGUAUGAGAGAUUCAAGCUUUGGUUAUUUUUCUUCUGUGUAAUAUUCAUAAAAAAGUUUAGUUAUUUUGAAGAUUUGAUAAGCUUGUAAAUAUUAUAACGAUGCCUGUUUAUAUCUGUAAUAGAAGUACAAUUUUGUAAUGAAGUCUCUAUUAAUAAAUUCAUAAUCGUUCAGAAUGGGUUGCGAAUUUCAGCUUUAAUUAUAUGGACAACUAGAUUUAAGUGCCUUGUUGAUUAUAAUUAAUUGGUGUAAUACCCACCAUGUCGAACGCCUUGCUGCAGCAGUUUGUGGCUGGACUCAAGUCCAAGAGUCAAGAGACUCGAACAAAAGCAGCCAGGGAACUAUAUUUAUAUGUCAAAACGGAGCUCAGAGAAGUCUCGGCUGAGGAGUUGACAGCAUUCAUGGACGAAUUUAAUCAUCAUAUUUUUGAAAUGGUUUCUGGCUCAGACGUCAAUGAAAAGAAGGGUGGCAUCGUUGCUAUAGUUUGCCUGAUAGUAGCUGACGUUGGAAAUAUCAACAAUAGGAUAAGUAGGUUUGCCAACUAUCUGAGAAACCUGCUGCCGUCCAAUGAUCAGGGAGUGAUGGAGCUGGCCGCUAACACAGUUGGCAAGCUUGCAUUGGUCUCGGGAACUUACUCAGCCGAAUACGUCGAAUUCGAGGUGAAAAGAGCUUUUGAAUGGUUGGGCGGGGAUCGGCAUGAGGGAAAGAGACACGCAGCGGUGUUGGUGUUACGGGAAUUGGCCUUAUCAGUGCCCACAUACUUCUUUCAGCAAGUUCAGACAUUCUUUGAAUUAAUUUUCAAUGCGAUUCAUGACCCAAAGCCUUUCAUCAGAGAGGGCGCUGUCGAGGCACUGAGGGCAGCUCUUGUCGUCACCGCGCAACGAGAGACAGCUCGCCAAACUCAAAAGCCCACCUGGUAUUCAAACUGCUAUUACGACGCGAUGAAAGGCUUUGAGGACAUAGUGGCAAAGGGAAUUAGCAAGGACGACCGCAUCCAUGGCUCGAUGUUGGUGCUGAAUGAGUUAUUGCGCUGCAGCAAUGUGCAGUGGGAACGCACCUACGAGGGCCUCAUGCAGCGUAUACAGUGCCAGCCGCCCCAGCCUGUGCCCGACUCGGUGAGCCUGCUGCCGCGACUGAAGUCGCCGCUGGUGAGCAAGUCGCGCAGCCACGUGAGCCUGGUGCGACGCGGCGUGGUGUCGGGCGCGACUGCGACUGCGGCCGCAGAGGGCAAGGAGCAGGCCUUCUAUGAGAGUGCCGCCUGCCGCGCCCUGGUCGCCGACAACCUCUCUAAGAUCUGCUACUCGGUGCUCAACCAGCGCCAGUCGCGCAGUCCGCACAUCCAGCACACUUUGCUCACCAUCCUGCCCCGCCUAGCCGCCUUCAACCGCGACAAGUUUGUGCAGCUCGUUUCCAUCAGACACUUCAACGCAAAUAGUGAUACUAUGACAAGCUGCCUGAUGGAGAGCAUGAACUACCUGCUGGCGACACUGCAGGGCCGCGAGCGAGCCGAUAGAGCUCUGGCGUUCACUACCAUUGGUCUCAUAGCUGUAGCUGUGGAACACCAUAUUCAGCCCUUUCUUCCCAAAAUAAUGGAGGCCAUACGAACAUCUCUCCCGGCCAAGGAAACGCCGAGCAAGAAGCGCUUGUCAGGCCUGGAGCCGAGUGUGCUGGUGUGCGUGACGCUGCUCAGCCACGCGGUGAAGCAGCUGAUGCAGAACGACGUGCACCAGCUGUUGGAGCCCAUGCUGGCCACUGGCCUCAGUCCCGCACUCACCACCGCACUCAGGGAGCUCGCCGCCAACAUUCCUCAGCUCAAGCGCGACAUCUCCGAAGGCCUUCUGAAAAUGCUGUCUCAAGUUCUAAUGCAGAAGCAUUUGCGCCACCCGGGGAUGCCAACUCACAUUCCAUCUGCGUCGUCAUCUCUCCACAUGCCAGUCGAUGCUCAAGAUGUCCCUUCAAUUGUUCUGGCCCUCAGGAUCCUUGGAAGCUUCAAUUUUGACGGUCACUCACUACUGCAGUUUGUGCGUCGCUGUGCCGAGCACUUUUUGACCAGCGAGCAGCAGGAGGUGCGCCUGGAGGCGGUGCGCACAUGCAGCCGCCUGCUGCGACUGGCCAUCGAGAGCCAGGCCAGGGGCGGCACUGGAGGCGGGGGCAGCAGUCAACACUCGCACACCGUCACCAACACGGUAGCUGACGUGCUCAGCAAGCUGCUUGUCGUCGGCAUCACCGAUACAGGUCAAUACGACUAA